AUGGCAGAUGGCGUUCUAACAGAGGAAGCUCUAUACGAAGCUGCCGAUACAGUCCCUGACUCGAUGCCACCUGAGAAACUGAAAUAUGCUGGCUUUUCAGUCAUGCAAUUCAGCGAUUUCAAGAUAUUAACAAAAUGCACGAGUUUGGUGAUUAUAGCAUUUCGUUCUUGCGGUGUCGAGAAAGUUCCAAAUGAAUUCUUUCAACUUCCUUCACUUCAAAAAAUCGAUUUAUCAGCAAAUAGAAUUUCGACACUUCCAGGUCCCGAAUUAUGGGCAAAACUUGUCAAUCUUAAAGCUAUAGAUCUUAGUGAUAAUAAUAUUUCAGAAUUAGAAGAACCAAUGAAAUUAACUUCUUUAGUUACAAUUCGACAAAUUAAUUUAACCGGAAAUAUCUGUUUGUCCAUACAAGAUUCGUUUGCUAAGCUCUGCAAGGCAUUUCCUUCGCUUGCAAUUCUUAAUGAUAUGAUUAUAACUUCACAAUACAGGGCAUAUCUUGAUAAUUUAGCAGUUUACAAUAAUAGUUCGACAUUACCACUUUCCAAAACAGAUGAUUUCUUCUUCCAUUACGUUAAAUACAUGCAUGUUUCGUCGAAUGAAAGAUAUAUCAGAAAAUUUAAUACAGAAUUCUUCUGUUUAAACCGUGUAUUACACAGAUAUUCUGCUGCUGUUCAUAUUCAAAGCGUUUUUAGAGGACAGAAACAACAUCGAGAAUAUAAAAGAAUGAGAGACGCUGCUCUUCGUAUACAAAUCAAAGUGAAGUAUUGGUACAAGAGGAGAUAUCAAGCUGCAGUCAAAAUUCAGCGUUGUUUCCUUUAUUUCUCUACAAGACAACAAAUUAAAUUUAAUAGAUCGGUAAGAUUCAUCCAAUCUCUCUGGAGACGUCGCGAAUCACGUAAAGAAGCCAUGAUGGAUGUUUUCGACUCAAAUGGAGUCUUCGAAUUCUAUGUAAUGAAAGAUGGAUUGGAUAAUCUUUUGAAAUUCAUCGAAGAACACAAUUUCCAGAAGCCAUCAACGAUCGAGCCGAGCGAAUAUGAAGUAAUCAGAUACAAACCACACUCCCAAUGCCCACUUCCUGGCUCUCCUCUCGUUUAUUUCUGGGUAAACAACACUUUGAUCGUCAAAAAACGAUCAAAACACGAAAUUUCGGCCAAUUAUACAAUUUGGUGCAGCUGCGACCACACAAAUUUCCAAAAUUUCCAACGUGCGACACCACAAGGAAUUAAUUGGUCCCUCAAGUGCCCAUUCAUGGCCAUUCAGCCUAUAAGGAUCAAUAUCCAUCCGAAACAGUAUAAUUCAGUUACUUAUCCUUCAUUAAUUCACGUUGUAUAUGAUGAUAAGUCAAAAUUUUCUCCUUUGAUUCGCAAACUGUUCGGUGUGAUGCCAAACAACAUUGUUUUGUUUCCAAAGAAGACACUUACACGGGUUUCCAGUCAAAUUACAAUUCAAUCCGCAUUUCGCAUGUUUAUUGAACGUUCAAGGCAUUUCAAAGACAUGAAAUGCACUGCUAUUGAAGCCCGUGCAAGUAAUGCGAUCAGAUAUUGGCUCAAAACCAUCAAAUUAAACAAAUAUGUUCAGUAUUUGGCCAAAAUGCACAAAUACUACGAAUCUCUUCCGGAGACAACAGCCUACUACAUUCCGAACACUUUAUUCCAGAAGAUGCCCAUGAUUCCAAUAAAAUACCAAGUAGAUUUUGGUUUCACGGCCGAAAAAAGUGUCGCUUUGGAAAAAAGUGUCAAAGGAUUUUUACCUUUAGUGAUUCCAAGCGAAAAAAUUGUUUUCGGACUUAAUGAUCCUAUGGCAUUAGUCAAAUUCGGAACAACUGAUGUCAAAGCCUCAUUAACAAAUUUCACUGACAAAAUUAACCCCAAAUGGAUCAAAAGAGCACAUCUCCACCGCAUAUCUUUUACUACUGCGACGGAAGCCAAGCGCAGAGUGCUCUUAUUCGCAUGGAUCACCGGUCAUACGAAUAUGAUUUUGUCAGAACGCGGAGUUUUGGAGUAUUGCGCAGCAACAUCCAUCCAGAGUUCAUGGCUCGGUCUCGGCACCCGUAGAACAUUGAAAUAUCUCGGUGUUCAAGCGGACAUUUACAUAAAAAUGCAGAGAAACAGAAACCAAAAGCCGAAGAAACUCUACUACGCAAACGAACAUCCAGAAGACCAGAACAGGAAGAUCAAGCGCGCACCUCUCGAAGCAGAAGAAGCAAUCGCGAGGUUGAGAGGAGAUUACAGACCAACACAAAAAGCUCUCGAAGAAUUCAAGGCCAAAAAACUGGCAGAAAAACCAAAACCACAGCCACAAACGAAACAAAAUGAAACACAAAAGGUUGACACGAGUUUGGACGAUGCUUUGCCAAAAGCAACAAUAAUCGUUCCCUCUCAAAAUUCAAUGCCUUCGUCACCUUUUUAUUCACCGAGGAAUAGUGGCAGAUCAACACAAUCCGCCUUAGUUAAAUCGAUUAUAAGGCCGACGGAAGAAGACAUAAAGAGAAAGGCGGAAAGUAGAAUUGUUCCUCUUGGAACUGUCCAGUUUGUUGGUGUAAAUCAAGGUUUGGUUAAUCCUUACGUCAGAGAUCCACUUUUCGAAACAGCAUCUCCAAAAUCGAGGACACAAACACCUCUCAUGCCUUUGUCUCCUGCUGAAAGCCCGCUUUCUUCUAACCCUUCAAAGCCAAACUCUCCUUUAAGUGACAGAUUAAAUCAAUCUUCUGAAAACUUGACACAAAAAGUGACAGAAAAUUUGACACAAAAAACUGAAACCAAAGAAUCCAAAGAAACAGAAGAUUUUCUUAAUUCCAAAGAGUUUGUAGGAAGGAGAUCACAAAGCCAAGAACAGAUACAUGUGAAUAUGUUGAAUCAAAGUUCAACAGAAUCAACAUUUCUUGGUUCAACAACAAGUGGAGAUGUUUCUUCCAGAUACGAAAGACAAAGUUCCAUUUCGACGAAUUUGAAACACAACACACCAAUGAACAGUGUUGAGUUAUUGAACAUCCCUCCUCCUGUUAUAAACACGCAAAGAACUGCUUCAAGAACAUCUAUUUAUGAUUGCCAGCCAAAAACAUCUUCUGCAGCUUCGAAUGUUCAGAGUGCACAAGUUACAGAUAAUACUGUGAUUGAGCAUCAAAGAGACAUCUUCAGAAGAAUUGUUCGAUUGAGACAAAUCUGUGACCAAGUUGAACAAGAGAUUUCUCUAGAUAACUCUGUUCAAAUGAAGAAACAAAAUGCAGAGGAUGCGCGCGAAAGAUUGAUGUUGAGUCGAAUCCACAAUGAUGAAGUCGCAAGGAACAAAGCUGCAGAAACAAUGGCGAGAAACAGAAUCGAGCGACAAGAACUCGAAGAAACAAUUGCAGAACAGAAAGAACAGAUUGCGAAAGACAGAGCAAAGAAGAUCAAACAAUUAAAAGAAGAAAGAGAAAAAAAGAUGAAAGCAAUCAAAGAAGCGCGAGAAUUCGGAAAUGCAUUCAUUUCUGCAUCAAGAGUUGCAGCAAGAAUCACAGAAGUUGCAAAGAAGCAGAAACAGAGUCAGUCAGCACUUGCACUUGCAAAAGGAAAUGUUUCAGAGUUGCAUGCAAAUGCAGUACAAACAAGAGAACUUGCGAAAUCUAAACUCCAAGAUUUGGAAGAUUCAAGGAGAAGAAUGGCAGCAAUCGACAGAGUUCUUCUUGAACAGAAAGAAGAACGAAGAAGGCAAUGGGUUGAAGAGCGACUGAACAAAGUUGCAGAGAUCAGGAGAAAAGACAAAGAGAAGUCAUUGAUUCCUGUUCAACAAAAAGAAUAUGUCUACAUAGAACCUGCGAAAAACGAAAUCAUCGAUCCAAUCGAAGAAGCCUUUGAUGUCAUUUGCAACGAUGUAGGAUCAAACAUCGGUUUCGAAGAAGGUCACAUUCUUGCAGAGAUGAUUCAAUCUAUUUUAUAA